AUGUAUAUCCCCAACACACAGUGGACAUGGUCCUUUGCCAUCGUCACUCUUGUCCAGACUCUCGUCACCUUGGGUCUCGAAUGUUACAUCUUUGCCAACUUCCAGAUCCAAGAAGUAGCCAACACCAGCCCUUCCUCGAAAACCGUCUCGACCUUCUUGGCCCUCUACAGUUUUGGGUUUCUUUAUGAACUGGUCCUCGUAUACGAUGCGUUGCGCCUCAAAAACACCAUUCAAAUUAUCGGACUGUGCCUCUGCAACAUAGGCCUCUUAAUCUAUGGCGCCGUGCAAAUCCGUCAGAUUCAAAAUGCAGUGUCUGUUCUGUCCGACAUGAAUUUCAUCGAUCCGGUGGUCUGGGCGGAAUCAGAGCCAUUUCUGAUCAUUAUUCCCUGUAUUGUCGGACUGGGCACCAUCCUGAUGACUUUUGUCGCUUGGAAACUUUACGAUGAAUUUGCUUGGACCAUUUACAAGCAUAUCAGUGCGGAUCUUCGCAUGAAACGCCGCUAUCUUACGUAUCAGAUCUACAUUGCUUUGCUCAAGUUCGAUUUCUUCUUCUUCCUGGGCUUCACCGUCCAAUUCUUGGUUGUUGUGUCCUCUUCCCGACAUGAUGCCGAGUUCUACCUGACCAUCAUCGCCGUACCCGUGACCAUCAUUAUCCUGGCCUUUGGUGCCUGGUUUGUCCGACGGGAAAGCUUGGUCGGGAUGAUAAUUAUUAUCCUUCUGUUCUUUGCUGCUCUGGCAUACUUCUGCUUCAAGCUGUUCCGCAUGUAUGCUCCGGCGACAUUCCCCCAGUAUCUACCAGCAAGACCAUCGAUGACAUUCUUCGCCAUCAUCACCCUUGUCUUGAUCGUGAUCACCAUCGUGAACGCCUGCAUGUGCACUAACAAUUUCAACCACGGACUGAAGCCGCACAUCAACCGGAAGAAGGGUCGUCCCGAGGAAAAGAACACCGAGCUCUCGGAGAAUGUGGGCGGCCAGAUUCCAUCGCGGAUGAUGAUUGAUUGA